UCCCUUAUAGACAUUCACAACCCCACCAGAAGCGGACUGAGUCUCAUCUCUAAAGCCAGAACUCACACAAACUGAACCUGAACACAGACAUGGAAUCUUACAGGACUUUAACCGUACCGCUUCUCAGUUUGUUGGGAUUGACGCUGAUCUCCGCCUUUAAUCUGGACACAGUGAACGUCAUCAGGAAAACGGGAGAUGCCAACAGCUUGUUUGGGUUCUCCAUGGCCAUGCACCGACAACUCAGACCAGCUGAUAAAAGAAUGUUGCUUGUUGGUUCCCCAAAGGCAAAAGCAUUGCCCAAUCAGAGGUCAAAAAUUACAGGAGGCUUGUACAACUGUGACAUAAACAUUCCUGGUCAGUCAUGCCAGCGAGUAAUGUUUGACAAUGAAGAAAACCUGCAGACUGAAAAUAAAGAGAACCAGUGGAUGGGAGUUACUGUACAGAGCCAGGGUCCUGGUGGAAAGAUAUUGGUCUGUGCACAUCGAUACCAGCGGCGCUUAUUUGUUGGCUCAGUUCAGGAACUGCGUGACUUGACAGGUCGGUGCUAUGUACUUAGUGAGGAUGUGACGAUUAAUGAGAUCUCAGAUGAAGAUGGAGGGGAUUGGAUGUUCUGCAAUGGGAGAAACAGAGGGCACGAGCGGUUUGGAUCAUGCCAGCAGGGCAUGUCCGCCACAUUCACAAAGGACUAUCACUAUCUGGUGUUUGGAGCACCAGGCGCUUACAACUGGAAAGGAAUUGUGCGGUUGGAGCAGAAGAACACCUCUCUGUUUGAUAAGGAUAUCUUUGAUGACGGCCCAUAUGAAGUUGGAGAUGAAAACCGACUUGAUGCAGAACUGGUCCCUGUUCCUGCUAACAGUUAUUUAGGUUUCUCUUUGGAUUCUGGAAAAAUGCUGACUAAGAGAGGUCAGUUGACCAUAGUUGCUGGGGCUCCAAGAGCCAAUCACAGUGGGGCAGUUGUGCUUUUAAAGAAGGAUGAGGCUAAAUCCUCCUUGUUGACGGCUGAGUACACCCUAGAGGGUAGUGGACUUGCCUCUUCCUUUGGUUAUGACCUUGCAGUGCUUGACAUCAAUGGAGAUGGGUGGCAAGACAUUGUAGUUGGAGCACCUCAGUACUUCAUUAAAGAUGGUGAUAUUGGUGGAGCAAUCUAUGUUUACCUUAACGAGGAAGGAGCUUGGGACAAGAUUACUCCAAAGAGAAUUGAUGGACCUGCUUAUUCCAUGUUUGGUUUGGCUGUGGAAAACAUGGGAGAUGUGAAUCUGGAUGGAUAUCAAGAUGUUGCUGUUAGCGCCCCAUAUGACAGCAAUGGAGCUGGAAACGUGAUUAUCUUCCACGGUUCACCACAAGGACUGAAAAAAUCCCAGGUUCUUGGAGGAAAAGAUCACAAUGUGAAACUCUUUGGAUACUCUCUUGCUGGGAACAUGGAUCUGGACAGAAAUAAUUACCCUGAUCUGGCCAUUGGAUCUCUUUCUGAUUCAGUGUUUGUGUACAGGUCGCGUUCCGUUAUCAAUAUUGAAAAGACUGUCACCACCACACCGAAAGAGCUAGACCUCACUAAGAAAAACUGCAACAAUGGAAACAAUAUAUGCCUUGAUGUGAAAGCCUGCUUCAAAUUUUCUGUCAAACCCAAAACCUACAAUCCAACUCUGAAGGUGGCAUACACCAUCAGGGUUGAAUCUGAAAGGAAAAAACUAAAUCUUCCUUCUAGAGUCAUUUUUAAUCCACGCUCAAACAAUGAUUAUGAAAGCACUGGGAUUGUGGAGCUCAAGGGUCAAGGCACAGAAAGCUGCAUCUACAGAAAUCUCAUGCUGCAGGAAACCCUAAAAGACAAACUGAGAGGCAUUCCUAUUGAAGUGUCUGUGGAGAUCCUGAAUCAAAACAAACGCAGGAGAAGACAGGCUGCUCUCCCUAACCUUCUUCCCAUCCUGGACUCGAACCAAGAAGCCACCACUGUGGCCAUGGUUCAAUUUAUCAAGGAAGGAUGCGGUGCUGACCAUCUGUGCCAAAGUGACCUGCAGCUACAGUAUAAAUUCCACACCAGGGAACCAAACAAAGACAACUUCUUUCCCUUUGACGAAGAAAAAGGAGUUCCUAUCCUGUCUCUUAGCGAUCAGAAGGAAAUUGCCCUGGAGAUUAAAGCAGUCAACCUGGGCGAAGAUGCUUAUGAAACACAGUUGACUGCCUCAUUCCCCAAAUCCCUCUCUUAUUCUGCUGUUCGCACUCAGUCUGGUGAUAAACAGAUCAGCUGUUUAGUCAAUCAGAAUGGCUCACAAGCAGAUUGUGACCUUGGAAAUCCAUUCAAAAAGGAUGCUGAGACAACAUUUUACAUUAUUUUGAGCACGGGAGGAAUUUCUUUGGAUACCACUGAAAUUGAAAUCGACCUUAAACUCAAAACGACAAGUGAACAGAAGCAAUUGCAAGCAGUCAAAGCCAAAGCCAUUGUUAAGAUCCAGCUGCUGUUGUCCCUCUCAGGGGUAGCCAAGCCAUCUCAGGUCUUCUUUACUGGAGAGGUUAAAGGAGAGAGUGCCAUGAAGAUGGCAGGUGAUGUCGGAAGUCCAAUUGACUAUGAAUUCAGGGUUACAAACUUGGGCAAACCCCUGAAGUCUUUCGGCAGGGCGUCUAUGAUCAUCCAAUGGCCAAAGCAUAACUCUCAAGGCAAAUGGCUGCUGUAUCUUAUGAAGAUGACAUCAACCGGCUUAGACAGCUUGAGCUGCACCAACUCAGAUGAGGUCAACAAACUCGGUUUAAAGGAGCUUUCAGUGUCAAGAACUAAACGUGAAGUUGGGGAAACUUCAGCAGCAGAGGGAAAAACCGCCUUUUUUACAGAUAAAAGGAAAUACACACUUUUGUCAUGUGAUGAUGGUGCGGAGUGUAUAACUUUCAUAUGUCCUCUCACGGGAAUGGACAGCAAUGCUGUUAUUAGUCUGCGUGCUUACCUUUGGAAUGCCACUUUCCUGGAGGAUUAUGCAAAAUUGAACUACGUUGAUAUUAUUGCCAAAGCAUCACUUGAUUUCAAGACCACAGCUACAAAUAUACAGCUGAAGAAUGAGCCAUCUCAGGUACGCGUUACUGUAUUUCCAGAACGCAAAGUAGCACAGUACGGCGGUAUGCCCUGGUGGGUUAUACUGGUGGCCAUUUUACUUGGACUCCUCUUGCUGGGCUUACUGGUCUUCCUGCUUUGGAAGUGUGGUUUUUUCGGCAAAAGUGGCAAAGAACCUGAAAAAGAGAGACUGACUUCAGAUGCAUAGAGAAACAGAGAACAAGAACCUCUCUCUUAGGUGUGGAUUUUUCAAACGUUCUAAGUAUGAUGACAGCGUGCCCAGUUAUAAUGCUGUGCGGAUAAAGAGAGAAGAGAGGGACAAUCUGUCAGGCAAAGACGAAAUGGAUUCUUCAGAGAAGAAACAAUGGAUGACUUCUUGGAAUGAAAAUGAGAGCUACUCAUAGCUAAAUGCUAACCUAUUUGAAAGCAAACCCAAGACUCCCUUGCUGAGGUUUUAAUGCUUACUUUUGCACACACUCAACUCUUUUUUUCUGUUAUUAUUCCAUCAAAUUGCAAAAGGAAACAUUAGAGCUUUUACUUCGAUGUAUUGAGUUUCAAAGAUUGUAUUUUAAAAGUGUGUCUAAAAGACACGAUGAACGAGGAUUUAAAAAGAUUACUUGAGUUUCAAGAGAAUUUGCUUUCAUGUUCCGCCCCAUUUCAAUUUGCUUCUCAUUCAUACAUGUGUAUAUACAUCUAAUGUAUUUAUUCUCAGCAGAUAUUUCUGUUGAACAAAGGCCAAAGAUUUUACAUUUUUGUUUUGUUUUAUGAAAGACUUUGUGUGCGUCAAGACUGCUUGGUUUAUACUUUUUUGAUAUCUAGCAAGAAAAAAAACUGCCUGGAUGUAUGUAAAUAAUUUUGUCGUUUGAUUUUUUAAAAAAUAUUUGUGUUGCCUAAUUGUUUAAACCAAUCAGGUACAUUUCAUUUCAUAGGUUUUUCACUGUACUUAAACUACUUCAACUGGGACAGAUUUUAAUGAGGAACUACUUUGUAAUUAUCAGAUAUUUGGUUUAAUAUCAUUUGACCACUAUCCUUAAUCAGUUCAGCUUUUAGGUGUUUCUUUUAUUUUUUGAAGGUCAUUUGAAAAUGUCUUUGUAUAAAUGUGAAGUUCCUUUUAUUUUUGAAAACAGCACCUUUUGGCAGUGCAAAUGCUUUUAUGACAAAACGUUCAUUCUUUUGUUUGUAAAGUGACACUGAAUUGGACAGCGGUGAUUACAAAUGUUUUUACAAUUUAAAAAAUGUAUUAACUCACAUGAAAUACACUGAAGUAAAGAAAUAGAUUAUUAAAGAUUAUUUUCAUUUUUGAAAUAAACAUUUUGCUGGCCCUAAAUUUA